AAAGGAGUAAAACCGGAAGUGUCUGUGGAUGUUGUUGCGUUUGUACCGGGGCUGAAACUACUGUCGGGGAAACAGGGAAGCUUUUCCCUUUGUGCUGCCCGUUUGUCUCAAAAUAUCUAAUCUAACCGGCUCAAUUAAAUAACAGUCGUACCGGUAACCCAAACAUGAUCAUCCCAAUCCGGUGCUUCACGUGUGGAAAGAUCGUUGGUAACAAGUGGGAGGCUUACCUCGGCCUACUUCAAGCAGAGUAUACAGAGGGUGAUGCCCUGGAUGCUCUGGGCUUGAAGAGAUACUGCUGUCGGAGGAUGCUCCUUUCUCAUGUGGAUCUUAUUGAGAAGUUGUUGAAUUAUGCUCCACUGGAAAAAUGAUUGGAAUGUGUUACCUUGAAGAACUACAAGGACUUUGCAGAUUGUUGGCAUAGACACACUUGUAUUAUUUUUUUGUGUGGGUCACCACAGGUGUAAAAUACUGUCCACAGUGGAGGAUUUAUCAUUACUUUGUGCUUCUAUUUCAUUAUGUAGUUUUUAUUAAUAAAACGGAAAAAUGACUUGGU